GUGGGAGGCCCUGGACCGUGAUGCAGACAUCGACCUGGGAAGCCAGCCUGUACUGCUGCUGGCCAUCAUCUUGAAGGACUUCCUCUGAAGCAUCCCCUCCAAGCUCCUCGUGAACAACCUCUAUGAGGACUGGAUGGCAGCCAUGCAGAAGACCAGCAAGGAGGAGGAGAUGGAAGACCUGAAAGCUUGCCUGCAGCCAAUCUCCUCCUCCUGAAGUGGCUGCUGUCCCUCCUCCAGCAUAUUGGCCACAACACAGCUGCCAGCAAGAUGAGCUGCAGCAACCUGGCCAUGUGCGUUGGGCCUAACCUGUUGAGCCCACCCAAUGAGGACCUGCUCCCACUGGAGGCCAUGCUGGAGGUCACUGAGAAGGUGAAGGUGCUGGUGGAGUUUCUGAUGGAGAACUGCAGGGAACUCUUUGGGGAGGAGACAACUGACCCUUCCUGUCCAGCAGCCAAGGAGUUGCCAGCCCUCAUGGAGAGAUCCAGAGAUCUGCAUUUGGAUGAGCAAAACAUCCUUGCAGUCACAGCAGACACCAAGCAUCAGGCAGAAGCCUUGCCGCACAGCUCCCCCUCUCUGCUUGGUGUCCUCAACGAAGCAGGGGGAGAGAUAGGGAGAGGGGGUUUCUGA